AACAGGAAGGAGACAGCCUUUAGGUUUCGUUUCUUGGGUGGAGUCGCAGGACUUUGCAGAGCAAACGGAGUUUUACGCCCGCUGGAGUUUGACAAAGCUGGAGGAGCAGCACUGAUCUGCAUCUUUAACCUUCUCGCUACAGUUUCCGUUCGUGGCCAUGGAUGAUUUUGUCCGUGAUAAAUUAACUGAAUGGGGUCUCCGCAAGUGGAUAGAAAGAUUUGAAGAAGAAGAAGUUGACAGGGAAAGUUUUUACUGUCUGGAUGAUCAACAAAUUGCCAAAUUGAUCCCAAAACUGGGACCACAGGCAAAAUUCAAGAAGAAGUUGUUAAAGGAACAAAACACAGCAAAUCCAGAUACAGCUGAUGCGUCUGCUCAAGUCAUUCCGUUCACCAGUAGAACAAGUAAUGAAGAAAAUCCCCAAAAAGGAAAGAGAAAGUCUGAUCUCCAGGGCGAGUCCAAUCAACAGCAACCACUGAUUAAGAAACGACGACCGGGAUCCUACUCAGAAGAAAUUAUACUGGCUGAUGUGAAGGAGAUAAUGGGACGUGUCCUAAAGACAAUACCUCGUGAAGAAAACAACCUGAAUGACUUUCUGAGGAAAAAAAUCCACGAUUUGGAGACGGACGAGAGGGAGGUGGUCGGCGUCUUUGGCAGAACCGGAGAUGGAAAGAGCUAUUUGAUAAAUGCCGUCAUUGGAUUGAAGAACUUCUUGCCCUCUGGAAGCGUCAUUGCAUGUACAUCAGUCCUGAUUAAAGUGGAGGCUAACAUGCAGAACUCAAAGUAUGAAGCAAUCAUUGAGUUUAUUACAAAAGAGGAGUGGAGAGAUGAGUUGUGGUUCUUAAAAAAAUUCUAUCUUGAAAAUGCGGAAGAUGCCACAGAAUAUAGGGACAUUGCUGAAAAGCUGUCAGCGCUGUAUGGAGAAGACUGGAAAGAAAAAUCUCCUGAUGACCUCAUGGAUGAAAAAUAUUUCAGAGAGAUCCCAGAAUUCCUCCUUUCCAAGGAGAAGAUUUUGACAGCUGAUAAAGCUAAAGAGCUACGUGACAAAUUAAUCCGAUACACAAGAAGCAACCCAGAUGACGCAGAAAAUAAAGGCACAAGGAGGUGGUAUUGGCCGCUAGUGAAGUGUGUGACCAUCAAGGUGCCAGAUGCUGAUCUUCUGAAGCAUGUCACACUGGUGGAUCUUCCUGGAAAUGGGGACAGUAACAAGAGCAGAGACAAGAUGUGGAAAACGGUUGUUGGAAGUUGUUCCACUAUCUGGAUCGUGACUGACAUCAAUCGAGCUGCAUCAGACAAAGAAGCCUGGGAAAUCCUGAAAGAUGACUGCAGCUACAUGGGAAAUGGUGGCCAGUGUAAUGAGAUUCACUUCAUCUGCACCAAGUCGGAUUGUCAUUCAGAUGCAGAAGACAUUUCAGAAGCUGGUAUUCAUGCUUUCAUCUUGAAAAGAAACCAACAAGCCAAAGCCAAAGUGAAACAAGAAUUCAACCAACUAAAGGAGGUUAAGAAACACUUCAGUGAGGAAAGUUUCAAAGUCUUCACAGUGAGCUCUGUAGAGUUUCUAAAUCAGAAAUAUUUAAAUCAAGAAGAAACUGAAAUACCCAAACUUCAGGAGAUCCUGCAGGAGCUCAAUGACUGUCACAAAGAGACGUUGAACUACGUGUCCGGAGCCCACGGGAUCCUCUCUCUGAUUCAAGGGGCCAGCCUUGGAGGAGGAGCUGAAAAAAAGAAAGCUGUGUGCACAAUCCUUGAAAAAAAGAUGAGAGAUGAAGUUGAUACAGUCAGGAAACAAAUGAAAGAAACUUUCCAGGCUUUUGAAAAGUGCCUCAGUGACGGAGUUGAGGAAUCUGAACGUUCCUGUGAAAAGGUCUUAGAGUCAGUGAUAAAUCCUGGAAGGCCAGGAGGUGGUUUCCACCAGACACUGAAGUAUUUAGUACAGAACGACGGCAUCUACAAAGCAAAAAAAACUAAAAGUCAAAAAAAGAGGAAACAAAUAAACCUCAACAUGAAGUUAUCUUCAUACCUGACUGAGAGCAUCGAUGAGAAAUUCAAGGAGACCUUCCCAAAUGAAGUAAAUUGUGGACCAUUCAAUGGAAAAAUCAAUUCGUUUUCACUUGGCACAAAGAGGAUGAAAAUGAAGCCAGAGUACGAAGAUGUCAAACUUCAACUGGAAUUCCUCAAUGCAGAGGAAGAUAAGAUGAAGAAGAAACUCAUCAAAGUCAUCCGUGAACGUAAGAAAAUGAUCUACAGCAGUCUGAUGACAACAGUUGAGGAAUCAAUGCAGAAAUGCUAUGAUGAUUCAAAAGAAUUUACUGGAAAAAACUCGCUGAAUAACAUGAGGGAAACAAUGAGGAAGCACGUUCAAGAUUCAAAAAACAUCAUGUUUAAGAAUGCUAAAAAGGUCAUGUUGAACCAGCUGAGAGACUUGAUGAAAGAUAUCCUGGAAGACGUAAAAAAGACGUUGCAGGAGUCAAUGGACCUGUCGCUUAAGACAGACGGUGACUCAAUCCCAGAUGUUACAGUGGAGCUUGGUAUGGUGAAGAACCACCAUGAAGAACUGAAGGGAAGCGCAGAAUAAGACCAGUAGUUUGGUAAAAGCUGUUAAAAUAUCUACAUACUGACUCUGGAUUGAUGUUGUGAAUAACUCUAACAUUGCUUUUCAUCACUAGUGCCAGUCCACCAAGCUGCUCAUCUUAUUACAAUUCUCUUUUAUGUUUACUUUGACUUAGCUUGUGGUAAAAGACAUUUAUAGCGAUUUGAGACUUUAAUUUAAAUGAUUAAAGUUAAGAUGCGGGCAGAAAAUGUGUGUGUGUGUGGGGGGGGGGGUGAGCAGGAUGUAACAUUGUGGUUUAAGAGUACUGCUUUUCGCCACUUAGCCGCUAUAAUACAUGCGUUUUCUGUCCAAUUUUUAAGUGUAUUUUAGUAGUUAAUUGGUAUUGAAACAAGAAUGAUUUUAUGGGUGUUUUUUGUAAAUACUGAACCUUUGUCUCAACGUGUACUGUUUGUUGAAUUUGGCAACAAUUUUAUGCUUUUUAAACAUUUCUUUCUUUCUUUUUUAAAGAUAAAACUUGCUUUCUGCAAAAUGUUUUUUAAAUUUGUUAAUUCAUCUAUCAAAGGUUAGAGGGAACUAGAUGAUUUUAAUCAACCAACCCGCUUAUCUAGUUUCUCAUUAUUUAGUGAAUAAUUGUUUGUCUUAAUCUACAUUCUACAUCUGCAUUGAUAGUAUUUUACACGGUAAACUCCAAUAAAGUUCACUUUCAAAGUGUCA